AUGCACCCUCUGCUGCACCCUCUGCUCUGCUGCACCCUCUGCUCUGCUACACCCUCUGCUCUGCUACACCCUCUGCUGCACCCUCUGCUCUGCUGCACCCUCUGCUCUGCUACACCCUCUGCUCUGCUGCACCCUCUGCUCUGCUACACCCUCUGCUGCACCCUCUGCUCUGCUGCACCCUCUGCUGCACCCUCUGCUCUGCUGCACCCUCUGCUCUGCUACACCCUCUGCUCUGCUGCACCCUCUGCUCUGCUACACCCUCUGCUGCACCCUCUGCUCUGCUGCACCCUCUGCUGCACCCUCUGCUCUGCUGCACCCUCUGCUCUGCUACACCCUCUGCUCUGCUGCACCCUCUGCUCUGCCGCACUCUCUGCUGCACCCUCUGCUCUGCUGCACCCUCUGCUGCACCCUCUGCUCUGCUGCACCCUCUGCUCUGCUACACCCUCUGCUCUGCUGCACCCUCUGCUCUGCUACACCCUCUGCCGCACCCUCUGCUUCACCCUCUGCUGCACCCUUUGCUCUGCUUCACCCUCUGCUGCACUCUCUGCUCUGCCCCACCCUCUGCCGCACCCUCUGCUUCACCCUCUGCUGCACCCUCUGCUCUGCUACACCCUCUGCUCUGCCUCACCCUCUGCUUCACCCUCUGCUCUGCCUCACCCUCUGCUGCACCCUCUGCUGCACCCUCUGCUCUGCUGCACCCUCUGCUCUGCCUCACCCUCUGCUUCACCCUCUGCUCUGCCUCACACUCUGCUUCACCCUCUGCUGCACCCUCUGCUCUGCCUCACCCUCUGCUUCACCCUCUGCUCUGCCUCACCCUCUGCUUCACCCUCUGCUGCACCCUCUGCUCUGCCUCACCCUCUGCUUCACCCUCUGCUCUGCCUCACCCUCUGCUUCACCCUCUGCUGCACCCUCUGCUCUGCCUCACCCUCUGCUGCACCCUCUGCUCUGCCUCACCCUCUGCUUCACCCUCUGCUGCACCCUCUGCUCUGCCUCACCCUCUGCUGCACCCUCUGCUCUGCCUCACCCUCUGCUUCACCCUCUGCUGCACCCUCUGCUCUGCCUCACCCUCUGCUGCACCCUCUGCUCUGCCUCACCCUCUGCUGCACCCUCUGCUGCACCCUCUGCUCUGCCUCACCCUCUGCUGCACCCUCUGCUCUGCUGCACCCUCUGCUCUGCUGCAAGUCCAAGCAACUUGUUUACAACUCAAUGCUGAACUGA